UCUCAUUUAAAGAUUAAUUUAAUUAGACACCCAAAGCUCUUCCUUUCUUUCUUUUUUCACCCAAUUUCCAUUUCAUUUGACCCUGCCCAUGACCUCUUCUUUAAGAAUAGUUGGGUAAACCCCCUGACCAUGGUUGGUAUUGUCUCCCCCUCCCCUCCCUCCCCUUCCCUUCCUUUUCUCCUUCCUUCAGUCCUCCUCUUCUUGCUUUGGUAAACCACUUUCUGAUUUAGCCCAAACGAGCUCCCAAAAUCUUGAUUAGAGAGAAACAGGAAGAGGCAGAAAUGACGACCCACCCACUUGUUCCAUAACUAUCCAUGAAGACCCACCCACUUGUUUCAUAACCCUCCACCUUGCCCCUCUCUCUCUCUCCCCUCUCUCUCUCUCUCUGCUCUGUGCAUUCGUAUUUUGUCUCCCGCAUUGUCUGUCAUUCUCGCUCGAGUAAAGGGAGACAGAGACGAGAGCGUUGAGAGAGAUCCUUGAGGGGCCCCAGAUGAGAAGAUCACCUCCUUCCUCCUCCUGCUCCUCUUCCCCAUCGUCCUCGUCCUCUUCAUCGGCUUCUUGCGUUGUUGGGUCUGGUAGCCCUCAUGACAUAGCCGAGAAGCCCAAGAGGAAGCGCUCCAGGAAAGUUCAGAAUCUGAAUUCCUCGCCUGACGAUCAAUCCCAGAAUGCCAACAGCCCAAGCUCCGCCCGGAGAAGCUCCAUUUACAGAGGAGUCACCAGGCACAGAUGGACAGGGAGGUUCGAAGCCCACCUCUGGGACAAGAGCUCUUGGAACAAUACACAAAACAAGAAAGGACGACAAGUUUAUUUGGGCGCUUAUGAUAACGAGGAAGCGGCUGCUCACACCUACGACCUUGCCGCCCUGAAGUACUGGGGACCGGACACGAUCUUGAAUUUCCCGAUAGAUGGGUACGAGAAGGAGCUCGAGGAAAUGCAGAAUGUCUCCAAGGAGGAGUACCUCGCGUCGCUGCGGCGACGCAGCAGUGGUUUUUCCAGAGGGGUCAAGUACCGCGGCGUAGCCAGGCAUCAUCACAAUGGGAGGUGGGAGGCUAGAAUUGGGCGAGUUCUUGGCAACAAGUAUCUCUACUUGGGUACCUACAAUACACAAGAGGAGGCGGCAGCAGCGUAUGAUAUGGCGGCCAUCCAAUACCGAGGAGCAAAUGCGGUGACCAACUUCGACAUUAGCAAUUACGUCGAACGCCUUAAGAAGAAAGGCGUCCACAUCGACCUACCGCAGCCCCAAGCGACGCCAGCUGAUCCUCCCAAAUCACAACAAAUGCAGUGUGUCAUUGUUCACGAUGACCCGACACCACCGACGACUCUCAAACAAGAAAAGCUACAGCAACCGGUCCUCCGGUAUGCCGAUGACCUCGACCUCGGCCCGUCUCCCAAUUGCAUGGACAUGGACUCCUCUGGCAUGAUGGACUCAACCAAUGACCGGGAGCUCGCUCCCUGGAGCUUCUGCAUGGACGUGAUCGGGCUCAACCCAUUGCCAGUCCCGAACCUCAUGAUCGAGAAGGGCGGGGAGCUGCCAGAUUUGUUCGGCGAGCGGGGUUUCGAGGAUGACAUCGACUUGAUAUUCGGAGGGGAUGGUGGGGUGGUGGAGAUGGAAGGGAAUGUGGUGGAGGGCAAUGAUGGGCAAGGGAUGAUGUUGUUGUGUGAGAGAUCGUCAUCCUCCCCAUCUUCUUCAACAACUUUUGUUUCUUGUGACUACAGUAGCGUUUGAAGGUCCUCUCUGUUUUCUUUUCUUCUUUUUUGUAAUACCUUUUUCUGGGUGGGGGAUAUGUUUGGAAGGUAAGAACUGGUAGGGUUUGUUUAACUCUUUUUUCUUUUUUUUUUAAAUUUUUCCUUCUUUUGUUGGAGUUGGAAUCUGUUAGGAGAUGGUUGAUGGGAAAGAUUAAAAAAAGCAAUCGUUCCCAAAUCUAAAUCU